CGCGGCGCGGCCGGCCGCGGACUACAACUCCCAGCGCUCCGCGGCGCGGCCCUCCGGCGGCGGCGGCGGCCGAGGAAACGAAAGCGGCUGCCCCGGGAGCCGACUUCACCUUCAGGCCGCAGCAUGAACGGCAGCGCGGCGGGCGGCGGUGGAGGCGGCUUUUCCGAGGAGGUCAUCAGCCUCACCCGCAGACCCUCAGGGCUGGGCUUCAACAUUGUUGGUGGGACAGAUCAGCAGUACGUUUCCAAUGACAGCAGCAUCUAUGUCAGCCGGAUCAAAAAGGAUGGGGCAGCUUACCUUGAUGGCCGAUUACAAGAAGGAGAUAAAAUUUUAGCGGUCAAUGGCAGAGACUUGAAGGAUUUGCGGCACAAGGAUGCUGUGGAACUGUUCAGGAAUGCAGGCUAUGACGUGUCUCUGAAAAUUCAGCGCAGGUUGCAGCCACAAAAUGGCCCUGUGGGUCAUCGAGGUGAUGGAGAAUCAGGUGGGCUUCCUCUAGCAGCCAUUCUUGUGCCAGGCGUGGCACUUGCUGCGGCAGCGAUCUGGAUCUUGCUGAGGUAUCGACAGCGGAUGUGAAGAGUUCACGUUUUGGAUAUCACUGCGUAUUUUACACAGCUAUGAUGUAAUUUAAAGAUAGAGAAUCAACGAUCUUGUCACAGACUGAUGUCAAAAAGGAUCAUUGCCUAUCAUAAAGCUGCUGCUGAUGUUCUUUAUGUAUUGAUUUUGUUGCAAGGUGGAUGGAAGCAGAGAGGAAGAGGGAAAGGGAGAUGCCUGUUCAUGUGUAGAGUGGGAUAGCUGUUUUUUUGACUAAUCUGAGGAGGUUUUGCCAUCCCUCUCUAUUUUGCACCAUGAACUUUCAAACACACUCAUCUAUUCCAUGUUUUAAGAUGUGACUUUUGGUUAAAGGGAGUUGGGGUUGGGGUGGUUUUAAAUCAAAAACAUUUACUAGAGGCUUUGCCUUCUUUCCACUGAAUUUUUCUUGAAACUAAUGAUCCCUGUCUGAACCAUGAAUAAAGAGAAGCAAUGUGGAGGGUAUAUUAUUUUUUCCAUUGAAUUUUUGUUGGUUGUUGCUAAAUAAAUGCCUUAAGAAAAAUGUAUAAAAUCUAAUCUGUGGCUUCACAGGUAAAAUCAUCAGUAUAGCUGCUGAUUUAACAGUAAAUGCAGUGUUGGCGAGGUAUUCUACCAGUUCUGGAAAGACAGAAGAUAGCCUGCUGCUAGAAAAAGACUUUGAUUGUCAGAAUGACUGCUCAUUCUUGGGUCAGAGUUGUAAGAGAAAGCUUUCCACAAAACGCUAGCAUACCGGAGAGAGACAGGCAGACAAUUGAAUCACAAGGAUAAGCAGUGGCAAGAGGUUUGGUCAUGCUGAAGCUGCAGAAGAGUCUUUAAAUUAGUAAUGAAGCAAUAGUCCCUACAUCCGUCAAGUGGGUUGAAGCCUGCAUCUCUCAGGUUAAAGGUCUGUUUGGGGGGGUAUUUUUUGCACGGGGAAUACUUCUGUAGCAGCUAACUUGCUCUCUGCAGUCAAAAAAUCUUAGGAUGAUUGAAAAGGAGAAGCUGAGAGCAGGCUGGGAUUGUCCUGGCUAUUGCUUGUUUGUGAAGACUGACGAGAUGUUCAGGAGAUAGACUGGCAGGUGUAAGCCAGGGCAAGGCUUAGCGAGUAAAACCAAGGGGAGAGACCCUUGCUCUGGAAAGCGUGUUGCUGAAUUUAUCUGCAGGGUCUCAUCUCCUCACUGUGAUUUGAAUGGUUUUAAAUGCCCCAGCUGACAUGAGCUCUGUGGGGUAAGACCUGUUUCUCUUGUCUCCAAAAAAUCAAUGUGUUUUGUUGUUUUUGUAAAAGAAAAGCAAAAUGCAUGGUCUGGUCUGUAUGAUGCCAAAAAAGAAAAAAAAUCACAUAUGCAAUAUAUGUAUUCAAACA